CGCCACCGUCUUUCCGUUCAGGUUUUCUUCUCCCACUCUCUCUCUCUCUCUCGAAAUGCGAGUCAAACGUCACUCGUUUUCGUGGAGUUCUUGUGGAGGAGUCCUUGCAGGGAGGAGUGGUCUGGAUCGCGUGUGCCAUUCCAGCUCGACGUCUCCUUAAACGCAGCCCCGCGUGAGAGCACAACACAACACAACGCAGCAGAACAGAACAGAAGAGACCCUCUAGCCUCUUGCCUCUUUUCGCCCCUCCGAACUUGAGCCCCAAUCUCGGGCUAUGUCCGCCCUCUGAUCGCCGCCGCGGAGACGGAGCGAGUGCAGACGGAGUAAAAGGCGUCUCUUCCCGCCUCGACCAUCGGCCAGCCAGCUUUCUUCCAACCAUGUCAACGCAGGCCAAAGUGAAGAAGGACAAAGAGAUCAUAGCCGAAUAUGAGAGCCAAGUGAAAGAGAUCCGUAACCAGUUGGUGGAGCAAUUCCGGUGUUUGGAGCAGCAGUCGGAGUCCCGCCUGCAGCUGCUGCAGGACCUACAAGACUUCUUCCGCCGGAAGGCUGAGCUCCAACUGGAGUUCUCCAGAGGACUAGACAAACUUGCAGAGCGCUACUCAUCCAAGAUCCGCACUUCUAGAGAGCACCAGCAUUUCAAGAAGGACCAAAAUCUGCUGUCCACUAUCAACUGCUGGUACUUGGUUCUGGAACAGACCCGACGGGAGAGCCGAGACCACGCGACACUAAGUGACAUCUACAACAACAACGUCAUUGUCCGCCUGACGCACGUGGGCGAUGAUGUCCUCAGACUUUUCAAAAAGAGCAAAGACAUCGGAGUGCAGAUGCAUGAGGAGCUUGUGAAAGUCACCACUGAGCUCUACACAGUAAUGAAGACGUACCACAUGUACCACACGGAGAGCAUCAGCGCCGAAGGCAAGCUGAAGGAGGCGGAGAAGCAGGAGGAGAAGCACAUCGGCAAGAGCAACGACAUCAGCGCCGCCCUGCUGCGAUACGGUCACGACGAAAGGCCGCCGCGACGGAGCUCUGUGAAGAAGAUGGAGAAAAUGAAAGAGAAGAGACAAGCCAAGUAUUUUGAAAACAAACUCAAGUGUACUAAGGCCCGCAAUGACUAUCUUCUCAAUCUGGCAGCCACUAAUGCCUUGGUGGCAAAAUACUAUAUCCAUGAUGUGUCCGAUAUGAUCGAUUGUUGUGAUAUGGGGUACCAUGCUAGCUUGACGCGGACCCUGAGAACCUACCUGUCGGCCGAAUAUAGCCUGGAGACAUCUCGACAUGAGGGUUUGGAUGUUCUAGAAGGAGCGGUGGACGCCAUGGAUCUCCGAGGAGACAAGCACAAGUUCAUGGACAUGCACUCUCAGAUGUUCUGUCCUCCGGCACGCUUUGACUAUCAGCCGCACAUGGGCGACGAGGUGUGCCAGGUGAGCGCGCAGCAGCCUGUCCAGACGGAACUCUUGAUGCGAUACCAGCAGCUUCAGACUCGCCUGGCAACGCUCAAAAUAGAAAAUGAGGAGGUGAGGAAAACUCUGGACGCCACAAUGCAGACCCUUCAGGACAUGCUCACAGUGGAGGACUUUGAUGUUUCCGAGGCCUUCCAGCAUAGUCAGUCCACAGAGUCAGUAAAGUCAGCCUCAUCCGACUCCUACAUGAGCAAAGUCAACAUCUCAAAGAGACGAGCCAAUCAGCAAGAGACAGAGGGCUUCUACUUCACCAAAUACAAAGAGUACUUGAAUGGCAGCAACCUUAUUGUCAAACUUCAAGCCAAACAUGACCUUCUGAAGCAGACACUGGGAGAAGGGGAGAGGGCUGAAUAUGGAACGACAAGGCCCCCCAUACUUCCCCCUAAACCUCAGAGAAUACGGAAGUCUAGACCUCGCUCCAUUUUUAGGCGUAAGCUGUUUAACGGCAAUAUGGAGGCCUUCAUCCAGGAUUCGGGACAGCCCAUACCAGUGGUGGUUGAGAGUUGUGUCCGAUACAUCAAUCUUUAUGGACUUCAGCAGCAGGGUAUAUUUCGAGUUCCAGGAUCCCAAGUGGAAGUCAACGACAUUAAAAAUGCAUUUGAAAGAGGAGAAGAUCCACUGGUGGACGAUCAGUCGGAUCAUGACAUCAACUCUGUGGCCGGCGUUCUUAAACUCUACUUUAGGGGCCUGGAGAAGCCGCUGUUCCCUAAAGAGCAUUUCCUUGACCUCAUAUCCACUACGAAGCUGGACUUUGGUUCUGAUAGAGCUCAUCACCUGCAGCAGAUUAUUGCCACUCUCCAGCCGCCUGUGGUCAUCGUCAUGAGAUACCUGUUCGCCUUUCUAAAUCAUCUAUCCCAGUACAGUGACGAAAACAUGAUGGACCCUUACAACCUGGCCAUUUGCUUUGGCCCCACGCUGAUGCCCAUACCGGAGGACCAGGAUCCGGUUGCCUGCCAGGCGCAUGUUAACGAAGUCAUUAAGACUAUCAUUAUUCACCAUGAAGCCAUAUUCCCACCCCAGCGUGAGUUGGAGGGACCUGUUUAUGAGAAGUGCAUGGCCGGAGGCGAGGAAUACUGUGAGAGCCCACACAGUGACGCCGGUGCUCUUGAUGAGGUGGACAACGGUACCGGACCGAACACCAGUGAUGACGGUGAGUCACACCUGAGAAAGCUGGAGCAGAUAGAAGCCAUCGCGAAGUUUGACUAUGUGGGCCGAACUCCCAGAGAGCUUUCCUUCAAGAAAGGAGCCUCGUUGUUACUUUACCUACGAGCUUCCGAGGACUGGUGGGAGGGUCGACAUAACGGGGUGGACGGCCUCAUCCCACACCAGUACAUUGUGGUGCAGGACAUGGAUGAUGCAUUCUCAGAAAGCAUACAAAGGACUGACAGUGAGAGCAGCAGCGGAUACCAUGAGGACCGAUCGUCAACCAGGCAUGAGCACCAGUCUUUUUCUGAACACCCUUUGGAACAUCGCUAUGGGGCACCGAUGGGAAGGGCUAAAGUGCGGCCGGAUGGAGUGCCGCUUCAACGCCACAGGAACGGCGACGGCCACAGCCCCACCAGAACUGCCGACGGGCCCCCGAGGGUCGCGCCUCGGCCCUGCAGCCCUCACAAAAUUGCCAUGAGCAGGGGCCCGACAGACAGUCCGGAGAAGCGGCGACUCGCCACCUUCGGGGCCGCCGGACACCCUCAGCGCUCGUCUCCCGUCACCACUCGGCACACCAGCGUGGGAGACCACAAAGCCCUGGAGGCGGAAGCGCUCGCUGAGGACAUUGAGAAAACAAUGAACACAGCCCUCCAUGAGCUGUGUGAGCUGGAGCGACAGAAUGUUGCCAAACAUGCUCCUGAUGUUGUCCUGGACACGCUGGAACCUCUCAAACACCCCGGCGGUAGCCAGGACGUCCCCGGAAGCCCCCUGCACACCAUGGCCAUCAGAGAUCCCGAGGCGGCCCAGCGGCGAAGCAGCAGUAGCUCCUCCUCUGAAACCAUGACCACGUUCAAACCCGCUCUGGCGGUGCGCAGGCCCAACGCGCCUGUCAGGCCGCCGCCCGUCAGACCGGUCCGGCCGGCUCCCAUGCUCACUCAGGGGCCGCACCGAUCCAGCAGCUCCAGUUCAUCAGGUCUGGGCAGUCCGGGCAUGACUCCCACGGACAGGGUUUUUCCUAAAGCUCCUUCCCCUUCCCCGUCCACUUCAUCCUCGUCCUCAGACAAACAGGGUCACGUGUAGGAGCAGCGGUCUGACACAAAUGAAGAAUUGCGAACGAGCAUCCGGUCGCCUUCACUCAACUGAAACGGCACUAAAUCUGUAGUUGGUCACUCCAACUGCUGGUUUUUGACGAAUUUCCACUCACACUUUGACUUAAGCUGUCAAAUAGAACACUAAUAUAGCACAGAUGCGGAAUUUAAAAUGGAUGCACUGGAAAAUCCUUUUGUUCCCCAAUAAUAUGGAUCACGUUGGUGACCUUUAUGAGGGUACACGCAUGCUGUGAGCUGAGACUUUUCUGCCCUCGCCAGUGUGAGGCAAAGAAGUGGCACACCAAUCGGUUGUCUGUUAAACUCUUCACGAUGUACUGAUUGAAUUAAAGGGAGCUAGUAGGGAUGUCCCGAUUGCACUUUUUAUGGCACCCGAGUAAGAUUCUUUGGUUUUAAGUAUCUGCAGAUACAGAGUACUGAUCCGUUACCUUGGCAAUGCGUUGGGGAAAAAAAAUUAGCAUGCGUCCAAAUCGAAAUGUACAUACAAACAUGCAUUUAGGUAUAUCUAAAUGCGUACAUAUGUUACAUGAAAAUCAAUAUAGGUGUACAUCGCUCCACAAAAGACGAUAAGAUUUAAUUUUCAAUAUGACGUCUGAAGGAUGUAACGAUUUUAAAAUGGAACGAUUUGCUUGAGCUGCUUUAAGCUUCAAGUCGAAAUGGUACACUUGUAGCUUUAGUCAUGUUUAUUCAUACGCAACAUGUAAAAGAUCUCCAAAUCCAUAACUGUCCAAAUCAAUUACGUUCAAUAAUCAUCACCAACGUCAAAGUGAUUUAUAACUGGUGUACAUCGCAUAUAAAAGACGAUUCCGAUACAUAUCUCGAUAUAUGGGGUGGGAUCGGGUGCCAUAAAAAGUGCAAUCGGGACAUCCCGACUAGCUCCCUUUAUUUCAAUCAGUACAUCGUGAAGAGUUUAACAGACAACCGAUUGGUGUGCUCUAUAAAUACUGUUGACUUGACUUGAAGGACGCCACAAUUUUAAAAUGUAGCGAUUUGAUUUGGUUUGUCAAAUGAAAAACAAUUUUCCUAUUCUAUGUGUUUUUUCUUAUACCACUCGUUAUUACAUAUAAACAGUAUUUAUAUUAUCUGGGCCGUUCCACUAAAUCAAUGCCAAUUGCUUUUUGCAAACUGCAUAAACCGCAAAACAUUUUGUCAUGUAUGCUAUUACCUUUCCAUUUGAUAAGAUUUGUUUUGCUUUGGAUUAAUUGGUCACUUUGUGACCUUGUAAAUUUCAUAAAAUUAAGUAAAAAAACAAAACAAUAUUUUCUCUCCUAUCCACGAUCAGUUUAAAAUCACGUGAUUGGAACAUCCCUACUAGCCAGUGUGUGGCUCAACAAAACAACUGCACGGUUUAAAUGAAGGUGGCUGGAACUUUGACUUGCAAUGAGGUUGCUGCAUAUUAUAAAUGCUGUGGUGGAUUUGAAUUGUGGCUCCCUCCAGUGUUAGUAGGAAAUAUUUAACCGGUAAGACCAUGUGGAUGGCAGCUGAAUAGAAUUUUACACACACACACAAACAAAAUUUUUGGAAAAACAAAUGGGCUUCAUUGAUCGAGCAGACUGCUUUUAUUAACUCAAGACGGAUGCGUACUGACGCACCUCAAAUAGUGGCCUCCAUUUUAAUAGAUGUGCUUCAAUUAGUCCCACCUGAAGACGUGAACUCCUUUCCCCGAGUAGCUGGCACAUCAGCACCAUAGAAAAAGCAUGACAGCCUAGCAUAGUACGCAAUGCUAGCAGUCGUGAUUAAAUAUAAAAGGAACAACAAAAAAACCAACAACAAAGGUGGGUUGGGGCCAUUGUCCUUUCAACCGGGAGUGUCAAUUUUUUUUCAUGCCACUUGGUCGUUAGGGUUGUUGAGUUGAAUCAAUGUCUCGUACUUUGUAGUUGAGUCAAUGAAUUCCCCUGGCCGCUAUUUGAGGAAAUCUUGUACAAUGUAAAUGUGAUUGUCACUCAUACUGUACAUUGCCAAUUUCAGCAUCUCAAGCACAAAAGUUACCAGUUGGUUUACGCCAGUUUUACCAUCUCAGCAAACAGUGUGAUAGCAUGUUAGCACCAGUGGGCUGCUCCCUUUACCUUUCGAUGGACCGACCGAGCACAAUCAAAACGUGUGUGUGUGUGUUUGCUUAAGGUAUUUAUUAGAAACAUCUCAAGAACAUUGGCACUUUGUAAAGGGUUAACCACAGAUGGCAUUCCUGUAACUUUUACAUAGAAAAUGAAGGAAAUGGCAAAGUCAUAUUUCAAUAAUAUAUACUAGGAAAACAAUCUGCAAACUAGUCGACUUCCUGCAAUGAACUAACACACUUAAAAUACUUGCGGGAAUUGUGCUGCGUUCGUGUUGUUUCUUUUUUUUCUUUGUCUUUUUCUAGAAACUUGAUACUAGCGCAUCAAUAAAACUUGGGGCUGUGUCGUCAUAGAUCGCACACGGUUUCCCCUUAGAUGAGCCAGUUUACGCUUCGUCAUCCGUCAUGCAAGGAUGAUCACGAUAUCUUUUCAAUUGUAACAGGUACGUUUGAUCAAAUACGUAAAUGCUGUUGACAUGAUGACUUGUAUAAAUAACAAUGUAUAAUAGGAACAGGAUAUAUUAUCAUCUCUAGUCUGUAGAUGUUUUUUGUAACUCUUAUCCUUGCACAAGCAUUAAUUAAAGAAUACAUCGGGGGA